UGCGUGCGCACUGCCUCCCGCUUCCACGCUCUCCCUCUCUACUGUUGAGUGCAUAAGAGCGGUUUCCUCUGCAGACCACUUUGCAAAGCUCCGUGCAACAAGUUUGCAGGAGCAGCAGCGGCACGCCGUCACGCAGGUUGACUUCACUCGGCUGGAGCUUGAGCGGCGCUCCACUCAUCCAUCUGUCGCUGUCACCACAAAGUCACCGUACGUGAACGCAGCGUUGCAGGCGCACGCACGCUCGCUCACUCACUCACACAGAGCAGAGUGCCAUAAAUUGGUGACUCCGCGCCAGAUGCGGUUUGAUCUCAGCAGCGCGUGGAGUUGUUAGUUAAAUGGAGAACGCAGUGGCGAGAGGAGCAUCUAAGUGCAUGGAAAAAAUGGAGAAAGAACUGUCGCCCCGGCAGAAGCGACACUACUGCCGCACGACUGCGCUGAACGUCUUCUCCUCGUUUUGCUCCGUGGCGUCCGUCGCCUUCUGCAUUUUCCUGAGCAUUAGCGGAGCUGACAUCAAGAACCGAGUUGUGGAUUUGGAGAGUGCCAAAGGCGAGCACACCUUCACCCGUGCCCCUGGCUACUCCGUGGAGGAUUUCAAUUCACUGAUAGAGGAAAGAGUGGACGAGCUGCUCUCUCAGCGCUCCUAUGAGAAUUUCGUCAAGAUUCGGACAGCCAGACAAACAUCACCUGAAUGCAACUGCCCUCCAGGACCUCCGGGAAAGCGGGGAAGAAGAGGCCGUAAUGGAGACCCUGGACCUCCUGGCCCUCCUGGUCCAAAGGGUGAAAAGGGGGAUCAAGGCGACCAGGGACCACGGGGAUUGCCUGGUCUCCCUACGCUGGCUGCUUUGCACAGCAAUCAGAUCCUGACUGUCAAGGGAGAUCAGGGGCAAGCAGGGCCACCCGGGCCCCCGGGGCCACCGGGCCCUCCUGGACCGAGGGGGCCUCCAGGAGACACUGGCAAGGAUGGGCCCAGAGGUGUGCCUGGUCUACCGGGUGAUCCAGGACAGCCUGGGGAAACGGGACCCCUGGGACCUGAGGGGCCGCAAGGAUCGAAGGGUUCACUCGGGCCUCCUGGCAUCCCCGGUGUUGAUGGACUGAAGGGGGAUGUUGGCAUCCCAGGACUGGACGGUGUUCCAGGAGCCAAGGGUGAAAUGGGAGAACGAGGUGAAAAGGGUGAUUUGGGUGAGGACGGACCGAAAGGUGAACCGGGAGAGAAGGGAGAUGCAGGCUCCUCUGCAGCAGGCAUCAAGGGUGAACCUGGAGAGCCUGGAAGAAGUGGACUAAAGGGAGAGCCAGGACUUCCAGGGCUGCCUGGACUACCAGGGAUAAAGGGUGAGCCCGGGUUUCUCGGUCCCCAGGGUGAGCCUGGGCUUCCAGGACUCCCAGGAACUAAGGGUGAGAAAGGUGACCACGGACCACCAGGGAAGGGGGAACGAGGAGAGACGGGACCCACUGGACCAAAGGGUUCACAAGGAGAGGCUGGUACACCUGGCCCUAAAGGGUCAAAGGGCGAGGGUGGAGAUAAAGGAGACUUGGGGCUCAUUGGACCAAGGGGCCCACCUGGGCAGAAAGGAGAACAAGGUGCCACCGAAAUCAUCGACUACAACGGAAACAUUCAGGAAGCUUUACGGAAGAUUACCACUAUUACAGUUACGGGUCCCCCUGGGCCUCCUGGGCCAACGGGACCACCAGGCAUAAAGGGGGAUCGCGGUCUGCCUGGUCUUCCUGGACUUGAUGGAGAAAGAGGAUACAAAGGCUCUAAAGGAGACAUGGGAAUGCCCGGAGCUUCAGGGGAGAAAGGAACAACUGGUUUACCUGGCUUACCUGGUGUCAAUGGAAUGAAAGGGGAUAAAGGAGAUGCAGGACUCCCAGGUCCUCAAGGUCCUUCUAUAAUUGGCCCUCCAGGGCCACCAGGGCCCCAUGGAUCCUCAGGACCUAUGGGUCCCCAUGGCUUUCCUGGACCAAAGGGUGAACCUGGUUUGCAUGGGGCAAAGGGUACUCGAGGAGAACCAGGACACAAAGGGGACCGUGGACCUCUGGGUCUCCCUGGAGCCUCCGGCUUGGACGGCAAGCCUGGAAUUAGGGGCAUGGAUGGGCCUCCAGGUCCUGCUGGUCCAGCUGGGCCGAAGGGGGAUAUUGGUGAGAAAGGAGCACCAGGUGAGCCAGGGCCAAGAGGACCCUAUGGACUACCUGGAGCUGCUGGAACACCAGGCUUGGAUGGGUUGCCAGGCUUAAGGGGAGAAAAAGGCGACGUUGGGGAAAGAGGAGAAAAGGGGGAGAAGGGAAAGAAGGGCAAAAGAGGGCCUAAGGGCGAGAAAGGAGAACAGGGUGCCCCAGGAUUAGAUGCACCCUGCCCAUUGGGCCCUGAUGGUUUACCAAUGCCUGGGUGCUGGCAGAAGGGAGUCACGCCAUGGCUGGUAGCCUGAAUGUCCCCCCAGAAAGUAAAGCUGUUGGUUAUUGUUGCUUUAUUGUGGUGAUGCCUGCAGAGGGUACCGUAUCAGCAGGUUUAUCACUGUUGCACUCGCGAGGCUCGCUCGGCGUCAGUGCGGUGCCUCCAAACAGGUCUCCGGACAAGAGGGGAGGGGUAUGGGGUGGGUGGGUAUUGGGGGGAGGUAAACUUGGCAAGCUCGCUGCACUGACAGGGAAAUGAAUCAGCCUCACACGGAUUUGAGUUUGGACGGGCGUGCUCGGGAACCGUCUCCCAGCGCGGGAACGGACUCUGCAGGAGAGCCUCCAGAAGUCUCGCGGAUCUUACGCCAAGAUCAGCAGGAGCGUCUCCCUCUCCUGGCGGGCAAACGCGUGGUUUACCGAGAGCGUUGACAGAACACGAUUGAUCAUGUUUGUUUCUUUACUAUUUUUAUCUCUUUCGUUUGUUGGUUUUUCACUGCCCCUCUCUCAUUUUUACACAUUGUUUGUAUUUUAUGUAUAAUAGCCUUUGGUGCCUCAAGCUUUUAUUCAUUCCUUUAUCAGAAAUGUACAACUUUGUAUCACAUUUUGAAUAAUUACGAUGAAGUUUGUUUUCUAUUUUCUUUUGUUUUUUUGUUUUCCAGAAGGGAAAGCGUUGUAAGCUGUGGGAGGAUUGAAAAGCCGCACUGUUUUUCAUGUAUAUGUUUUUACAGGAUGUUGAAACCGCAUGUAGCUUCGAGCUUCACCUGAGCAUACAUUGAGAUUGCAUUCAUCUUAGUUGUACAGCCACUGAUCGGACUCACGGUUUUAAAGAAGCUCAAUAUUUGUACAAAGCACAUCCGAGCAUCGUCUGCAGAUAUGCUACUUUCUCAUUUUGGACUUGUACGGGAUAUUAUUUGUACAGUGUUGUCAGUUUGCUGCAUGUUCACAGUUUAUUACAUACGGAUUUCUUAAAUACUGAAAACAGGCAUCAGUUUGAGGAAGUGCAGAGCUUUGUUUAGUGGUCUUCAGUGAGAUUUAGCCGAACACACACAGUAUUUCAGAUGAAGGCAGAUUGUGUUGAAUCUAGCCCGCCACACUGCUCUCUUCCACCUCACAUUGUCUUAAAUAUGUUGAAAAAGUGUUACAAUGCAAGAAAAGCUCAAUUUGGCAUUUACCGCAAACUGGUCUCCUUCCAUUAGUUCACCGCAGUCUAACUGGUGGCCGGUUAACAUCACAUUCCUCAUCAGAUGGAGCAAAUCAAAAAAAGUGAAUUGAGCAGUAGGUUUAUUUUUCACCAUAGCUUAUACAUCCUUUCACGUUCCCUAUCUUUAUCUUGCCUUUUGACAUAGUAGGUGCUGUGUAGGGUUUUCUUCAACAUUAGAAUCGUUUGCUGUCAGAGCCGAUGUGAAACAAAGUAAAACAAACCUGUUGUGAUGCAGCAGCAGCCGCCAGUGGAUCCAAAAGGAUUUCCACCCACGUGGUUUCUGUGUGACGUACAGCUCAUCUCACCAUUUUAAAAGAAUGGAUGCACAUCAGUGUAGGUUCUUACGGUGCUACCUGAUAAGCAGGUCAACAGCAGUUGAUGCGCUCUAACAGUGGCGAGAACUACACGAGCAGUUUCUUUAUUGUUGUUGGAGUUUUAUGUGUGUAACAAUUUCAAGGGUUUUUUUGUGCAUAUAUUUGUGUAUUUUUGUCUCAGUAUUUUAAGUGGUACAUUAUUUAUUUUUCUAUGAUUUCUUAAAUGAAGGCAUUUUGGUUCUGAACAGCAUUCCUUUCGGUUCUGACGUGGGUUUCCGCCGUUCAUACGAAGAGUUUCGGGUCACGCUGAGGCAUCGCGAAGCUGCGAAGGAGCUCUGUAGUGGGGCGUCACAGAUCGGUGUGUAGUCACUGUGCAUUUACUUCAACUUAUAGGCCUUACCAUGACAUACAUCCGCUUUUAUUAAUUUUGUGUGUCAGAAAAAGCUAGUACUGAAGGCCUGAAUGUUGACGGGCACAGCCAAUGCAACAGUACACAGCUGAACAUGACCGCCUUUUUUCUCUCUCACGCUUUCUCUUUGCAUUGAAUGUAGUUUGAUAUAUGUAUAGUGGAUUAUUAAUGUACUGUGUGUGCUCAUUUGGCAUAAAGUGCAAUUUAUACUUUAGUUAAUGUGUGUAACGUCAAAUGCAGCUGAAUUAUCGCAUUAAAGUGAUUUCUGUAGCUACAUUUGUUCGGUCAUGCUACCCUUUAUACCACUACCUGGGGACAUUUUUAAAAAAAACAACUUUAUUCACCAGAAGACAAUGAAACAUAUGUAAACACAGACCCUCAAAUUAGAUCAUAUUUUUUUGCUUAAAGUUGCCCCUUCACUUAUGUUUUUAAAGUGUUACUUCCACUGUGUCGUAUUUACUAUGUUUUUAUUCUGUGUUUUAAUUUCCAACCUUUGUUACAGUAUUUGUUCUCACAAGGUGCUGUAUUCUUAGCAUGUGCAGCUAAUUUUUUUAAAUAGACUUUUUUAUUUGAUUGAUUUUGUUUGAGUUUUGUGUUUAUUUGUUGAAGUUAAAGGGUUUUUUCCCCUGCUAUCAGCAGAAGUGCCAAACAGUUUGUUCCCGUAUGGGUGUUCAGAGACCUGGCGAGAAGCUCCUUAAUGAGUCAGCAUCAAAUUUUAAGAAUCUGUAUUCUUGUGUUGUCGCAGAAAUGCCUCUUGUCAGUCAUUGCAACAUGAGUGAGUAGGAGGAGGAGAGUGGGGGAGCAGCCACAGUGCUCUUCCUCCUUGAUGUUGUGAAAGACGCUGGUUUCUCAUGAGGGUGUGUUGAUGCUCCAAUGCACAGCAGCCUUGCUGACGUAAUUCUGUUGCCACAUAAAUGCAGACUGUAGCAAAAAUUUUAAGAAAACUUCAUUCUGUGACUUAUUGGAGUUACGAUUAUAAUUUUGGGGGGGUUGUGGUAAAUGUUCAGUUUCUGCUCUGCAUUGGUAUUUCUUGUGUUUUUUUUGCCCACUUGGUUGACAUUUCUUUGAAGAGCCUUGUGUUCAUUCACUAUAUUUCAAGUUGACAUUACAUAUGACUGUACUGUUGGAGCCAAAUAAACACAGUCUUUCAAAUACA